GCUUGACGUUCGCGGAAUUUUUCUUAUUACGUCUUGUGAAUCUCGGCGCAGUAAAUCAAGUGCAGAAAGUUGUCAAUUUCCAGUGAAAAGUGAAGAAAACAUGUAAAUUCGUACAAAAAAGUGGUUGAAAAACGUUACGCCUGGAUCAAGUUUCCGCGGAGGAUUGGAAUCUGUGCUGCCCCCGAUGUUGCAGUUCCUGAAAAAGUCGGCCGUGGCGCGAAAAAACUCCAACAGCAGCAGUAGUUCAGCGCAUCAGGAAGAAAACACCAAAGGCAAAUCAUCGAAGGCCGGUGAUGUCAUCAAUGGCUCAAUUGGAUACGAACCGGUGAACGAUGAACAAGCACUGCUCGAAGCGGAACACUACUGGUUGGAGCGAUGGAAGAACUUACCGGAAGUGAGAUCACGGUUAUCCAGAAACCUUUUGGACAUUUUGGCCGAACAUAGCUGCAUAUGUUACUACGUGCAAUUUCUAGAAACGAAAGAUGCCCUUCCGCUGGUCAAAUUUUGGCUAGAUGUCGAGAGUUUCAAGGCCGCUGCAAAUGUGGAAAAUUCGCGGUUGGACGGCAGAAAUUGCAAAGGGGUGGCGCAUCGUGGCUUACAGAGAAGCGUCUCUUCGGACGGAUACGAUAGUUUGUCCUUUUUGAGUGUUGACUGCGAUUCGAUAUCAACUUUUUCGGAAAAUGCUUUCGAUGACGGUACAACGGCAACUGACGAAGGCGGACCAAGCUGUCGAACGUCCGGCAAUUGUACUCCAAUCCCACCCGCUUUGGAAGUGGUAUUAGAGGAAGAAAAGAAGCCAUUAAGCGACAGUUGCAAGCAAAUGCUGGAAGUGUGUGAUAUGACUAUGCGCCAAUCGUUGACCGACGACGAGAAAACUCAGAUCUGCGAAUCAAACAAAAUGAAACAAGAGGACACGCCCGAUUCCGUAACACAUAAGGAAAACGGUUUCAACUCGUUGGUGAACUCGGACGCGGUAAGAAUCUACCGAAAGUAUUUGACCAGCAACUCGCCUUGUUACAUUGAUGUGCCGGCGACAGUUCUGUCCCACAUUUCGUUAGCACUCUGCGGUGGCAGCUGUAGCGAACGAAUUUUCGACGAGGCUCAGCAGUAUUUGCUGGAUGUGAUGGAUAAGAACUACCUGAGCUCGUUCCUGGAAAGUAGCUUCUACUGUAAAUACACCUUCGAGGUUCUAUCAAGCGACAGUUUGACCUUGAAGGAUAUACUCUGCAGUGAAAUGGCUCUGUUCUACUUCAUGGAGUAUCUCGAGCAGAAAGGUAAGCGCCACAUUUUGGAGUUUCGCGUUUCAGCUAACGACUUCCGCAGGAGUGCCGAAAACAGUCAAGCACAAGCCGACGCCGUUGUCUUGUACGAAAAGUAUUUCUCGCUGCAGGCGACCUGUCCGUUGAACGUUAGUGAUAAAAUCCGCUUUCUGGUCGAAGAGGGAAUUUGUUCCCAGGAUGCUGCUUCCAUCAAAAACUGCUUCGAAUUGCCUUCAAGAAUAAUAGAACGCUUUUUGGAGCGAAGGUAUUUCCAGGGAUUCUUGAAAUCUCAACUCUACACGCAAUAUCUCUCCGAACUGCUGAGCAAGAUCAAGACUACUCCGGCGGGAGAAUCCACCGGUAGCAGUUUGGGCAUUCUGGCGGGUCGAAAGCAAAUAUUUUCCGCCGACCGAAACAGAACGAACAAUCAAAGACGCGGCCAUCGGAAAACGUUCUCGGAUGUGACGAGUGAGAGUUCCGGACGAGCGAAAAAUUUUGUUUCCUCGCAGAACACUCUGUUGGCCAUGUCGGAUACGAGCUUUCAUCGUAAACGAACAAACACGAUAGGAGCUGCAACCACAAGCGACAUCAUGCAAAUCGAUUCACGUCAACUGUACAAUCCGGACCUGUUGUGGAGGCGGAACUCGGUUGCCGGGCUAACGUUCGGCCGAGUGGACGCGUUGGGGCGCUACGAGCGAGAUUUUGAUAUCGCGGAACCCCCGCAGGACGACGACCGUUGGAGCAAGAACCGGCUGAAAAAGGCAAUGCGAAAGCUGGUGAAUUUGCCCGAGGACAAAGCACAGGAGGAACUAGCCUGGCAGGUGGCGGAAAUGAUUGUUAAGGAUAUCACGAGCGUUACGAUGAGUGGCAGUAGCGAGGGUGGCGCUCAAACGUGAUUGUGGUGCUGGCUCUCAUUUACGUUUUAUUCCAUUUCGAAAGUAUUUCUUAUCGUAUGUAUUUUAUCUCCCUAAAUAUGUUAAACUAAUCCCAUAAUAAUGUUUAUUGUUUAUUUAAUAUUGUUUCAUCGUACGUCCACGUUGUUUACUCGAAUAAUCCUUAAGUACUUCCUUGAGUUUUUAAAAUUUUAUCUCUGUUUAUUUCUCUCUAUAGUUGAUUAUUUUCAUAUAAUAAUUUAUGGUUGCAAAAAAUGUACAAUCUGUAAUAAAGACAUGCGUGUAGAACUUGUUUAGUAUAAUUCCGCUACUUUUUUGCAUCUUGGCAGAUAAUGCUUAUCGGUUAAGAUUAAAAUAAUAACGCAUUAAAAGUAAACGGAAUAUUACAAACUCGAUCUCUAGACGUUUGAAUAAGAACAUUAUUAUUUUGUAGGAAUCAGAUUCAAUUGAUCAAAUAAACUCUCUAUGACUCUUUCUACUUCAACUCAUAGAAAACAUGAAUCUGUAUGGUGCUUGAUAAAUUACGUAAUAAAAUGGACUUUAUAUCGCUCGAAAUUCACAUAUAAAUUUUUCAUCGAAAUUUACUCUUUAUAACUAAGAUCAGACAGUCAAUGUAUUUUCGGUUGUUUAAACUAUAGCCAAUUGUCGUAAGGUAAUUAGGAGCAAAAUUUAUUCACCAUGUUCUCUUUUUUGUUAUGAAUGAUAAUUCAGAGCAGGAUGACAGAAAUGUGAAAAGCGUGCCAAUAUCGAAGAAAGUGGAUUAUUUUCGUUUUAAUUUGAGGCAAAUAGAGCACGAACAUUAGGAAUGUUUGAAGGCGUACUAUUGAUGUAAAUCUUGUGAAAUUCUGAUUGAUGUUGACAAAAUCGAUAGUGAUGAAAAGAAAAGGAUUACCAUUAAUGGCAGAAUAAUUCUAGAAUUCUAAUAAAUAAAAUAGGUACACAAUUAUGCA